GAGAUAACAGAGGGCGCUGGUGGGAAGCAGUCAUCGCCAGAGGCAGGGCGGAUCCGUGCCUGCCUCCUAUUUUCCUCCUCCUUCUCUCCGUCCCGGAUUUGGGAGCCCAGAGAGAGGCGUCGCUGGUUCCUCUUGAGACCCUCGGCAGGGACAUUGUAGGCACCAUGGGAAAUAAACUGAGUAUGGCAUGGUUGUUGCUUCUAGCAUUGAAAGUUUUCGGCUUGGAAGAAGUUGAUCCAGAUGACUCCAUAGUUCUGCAAUGCUACCAGUCAGUACACAGCUAUGAUAUGAACUGCAGCUGGCUCAUUCGGAAUGAUCCAGAUGUUGAUGCCACCCAUGUCCUCCACUACCAGAGCCUAAAAUUCCACCCUCGACAACCUCACCUAGUGAAGUCUCAGAGAAAGCAGAACUGGUUGAUCAUUGAUCAACACAAUCUCACACGGGGGGAUGACUACAGCGUCUGGAUGGAAAUUAGCAGUGAAGCUGGGACCAUAACUUCCAAGAAGCUGAACUUCAGCUUGGAUAAUAUAGUGAAGCCCCCUCCUCCUGUUCUGGACCCUGUAGUGCCUGAUGCUUCUGGGGCUCACGUGAAAUGGAACAACGAUGUAUGGCAUAAGUUUGAUGAUCAUCCCCCUCUCAUUUGUGCUCUACGAUACAAAGCAUCCAGAGACCAUGACUGGGCUUAUCUUCAGAUGGAGAGUGUAGGCCAGGAGGACUAUGAACUUGAAGAUCUGAAACCGUUCACUUUCUACGAGGUGGAGAUCCGCUGCACCCCAGAAAUGGAAAAUGGUUUUUGGAGCGAAUGGAGUUCUCCCCAAGUCUUCAGAACCACUGAGGCUGCUCCAUUAGGACAAGUAGAUGUCUGGCGGGAAGUUGGCGUUUCACCAAAUGGGAAACCAAGUGUUCUUCUUCUAUGGAAGGCACUGGGCCCUGAAGUAGCCCGGGGAGACAUCCUUGACUACGAAGUCACCUACCGGGACGCUAGCAAAAGGGUCUCCAAGAUGGUGUACUAUUGCUGCAAUGCUACUCUCCCUCCCACAGCCGAAUAUGCCUGGGUAACAGCACGAAAUUCAAUUUCGAAGACACUGCCAGCCAAUCUCAGCUUGGAGCAAACAGAGCACCCCAGCCCUGAGAAUGUCCAGGUGGUGGCCAUACCAGACCAGGGUCUCAAAGUGACGUGGGAGAUCAGCACGAGCCCCCAGUGGAUUCUGCCCGAGGAGUAUGUUGUGGAGUGGAGAGAAGAGCUCUUCAGCAAGGAAGUCCCAAUAAACUGGAUCCGCAGGCCUGGCAGAAAUAAUAGUGCCAUGCUGAAAGGUGACUUUAAACCAAAAAUUCCUUAUCGCAUGCGUGUUUCCGCUUUGUAUGCUGAGGGGAGCAGCACCUCGGUUCCUGUCCAAGCAUAUUUCAAGGAAGAAGCACCAUCAGCUAGUCCCCAGGCACUGCGGGACAGAAGCAUUACUUCAACAGCCUCUCUCAUCUCCUGGGAGGAAAUUCCUUUGGAAAGUCGUAAUGGAAACAUUACCCACUACACACUCUACCUGAAGCAUAUCUCUUCUGGCAACGUCAUUCGCAUGUCCAUUGGUGCUACUGAGAAGAGUUAUAAGCUUUUCAAUCUUAAACCUGGAGCAGCUUAUGAGCUCUGGAUGACAGGCUCUACCUCUGCUGGAGAAGGAGUGCCCAGCCCUAAACAUCACUUCAACACUCCAGCAAUCUCCCAUUGGCAGACCAUUGUGGUCAUCACUGUGGUGAUAGGAAUUCUGUUUUUCCUGGCUGCUGCAGUGGUGUAUGCUAAGUACAGAUGGGUCCUUAAUUUCUGCCAUAAGAUCCUACCUCUAUGGUGCUGGGAGAGAAUUCCAGAUCCAGAGCACAGCAUGGUUGUCUCAAAGAUGGAUGAACAGAACAUUACACGUGCCAUGGAUACGCUGGACCAAUCUCCUGAGGGUAUGGAUAUUAUUAAAAUAAAGGAACUAGCCCCUCAGCCGGCACCACCUCCAUCCCGUGUUCCUGUGGUGAACUCUGGCUAUGAGAAACAUUUCAUGCCAACUGCAGAAGAAAUAGAGAGACUGACUUGAAAAAGGAAGAAAAUCACACUUCAUCCUCUUGAGAUCAAUAACAUAGUAUUUCACGUGUGAAAAGAUGCUUGUCUUUGCAGGUCAGAUUGAUCUACCAAUGAAGGAUCGUUUAUUUGCCUUACAAACCUGGGAUGGGGAAAAAUUCUUCGGAUCCAGCAGUCUUAACAAAAGUCGUCCUUUUGCACCUGAGAUGGGUUGGAAGAAGGAGUGUACCAUGCCUUGACAAGUCAUACGUUUGCAAGGCUGACAGAGUGUUCUGGAGAAAUAACGUGUACAUGAAAGUGUGUGCACGUUGUAAAAUGUGAAGCGGUAAAAUGGGUACAAUUGCACAAACACACUGUUAUCAAUGGAGAAAAGUGUGUACCUUGGACGUGAGGGGAACUGCCAUCAAAACAACACAUUCCAUUGUGGGAAGAAAAAAAACCAAGUCUCACAACACAGUAUGUGAAUGGGAAUGCAUGGAAUUGAGAUUUGGAUGAAUAAUGUCAUCAAGAUGUGAGGCUUCACAUGCCUGCUCUUCUGUGUCUUUAGGAUUUGGGAGGGAAUUUUGCAUUUGCUGCUCCCAAGGUGGCCUCAAAAUAGCUAUAGAUGUGGCGAACUUGGCAGAUCUCAGGAAUACAGCACACCUGCUGAGCCUGUGAUAGAUUCUGUCUUGAUCUGAAGUCCUGAGGGCAACAUUGAUUCCUAUUACAUAGGGAGUGACUCGGUUCAUCUCAAACCUGCUUUGUAUUGCAUAUGCUGACAGAACCAGCUGCUGCUGCUAGAAACAGAGCCUUUACAGUUGUGGUCCACAGCUAUGACUUAGGAAAGAACUGAAGGAACUUUGCUUUCUUUGGAGAACUUUUUUUUGGAGUAUGUACAGUAUUUACUUGGGUCUGGUUCAUUUGCCCAAGAAUUUUGUUACAAUUUAUGAACAGUUUUGUUAGGUUUUUAACAAAAUAAACAUUGUACUUAUCUGUGGUUUGUAAUAGAAUGUUUGCCUUUUUUUACUGGAACCCCCCAAGUCCCCUAGGUGUGAUAAGAUGGGGUACAAAUAAAGUUUUAUUCUUUCAUUAUUACUA